UUUUUUUUUUUCUUUUUUUAUUUUUAUUAAUACAAAUUAUAUAAAAAGAUGUCUGUACCUGUUGCUUUCAAUGAUAUUGGUAAACCCGCCAAGGACCUUUUAACAAAGGACUUCCCUGUAGGUGGUGUUAAGCUUGAAGUUAAGACCACUGCCCCCAAUGGAGUUACAUUCAAAGUGAAUGGUCAACGUGAUAAUAAGUCUGGUAUCAUUGUUGGUGAUAUCGAGACUAAGUAUGCUGACAAGAAGAGUGGUCUUACCUUUACCGAAGCUUGGACCACUUCUAAUCACCUUAACGGAAAGGUUGAACUUGAAAACAACCUUGCCAAGGGCCUCAAGCUUGAACUUUUAACUUCUCUUCUUCCUUCUGUUAAUGAAAAGGCUGCUAAAAUCAACGCUACUUAUAAGAAGCCCAACUUCCACACUGUUGCUACUCUUGAUGUAUUCAAGACUAAUUUCAAUAUCAACACUGUUUUUGGUCAACAAGGUUUCCUUACUGGUGCUGAAGUUGCUUACAAUGUUUUAGAUGGCAAGAUUGGACGCUAUAACUUUGCUGUCGGCUAUACUGCUGUCGAAUAUGGUGUUGCUGUUAAUGCCACUAAUAAUUUAUCCAACUACUCUGCCUCUUACUAUCAUCGUGUCAACAGUGACCUUGAAGCUUCUGGUAAGGCUUCUUGGGAUGCUAAGGGUUCUAAUGCUGUUGCACUUGAAGUGGGUGCCAAGCUUCAAUUAGACAGCUCUGCUUUCGUUAAAGCCAAGAUCUCUAAUUCUGGUGUCCUCGGUCUUGCUUAUACUCAAUCUCUUCGUCCUGGUGUUAAAGUUAAUCUUGGUGCUUCAGUUGAUACCACUCGUUUCAAUGAAAACGCUCACAAGCUCGGUAUUGCCUUCACUUUGGAAAACUAAAUUAUUUAUAAUCAUGUAAAAAAAAAAAGAGAGAAACGACGGACUUACAGAAAUUUAUUUCUCUUUUGUAUAAACAGUUAUUAUAUAAUAAAAAUAAUAUAAUAUAUUUUUUGCCUAU